GGUUUCUGAUUAUCUGAUAUGAGGGUUCAUAGGUGAAGAAUUUAUCUGAUUUCACCUUCCGCGAAACUGUUGUCGAAGAGAAUAUUUUUUUGGGGUAUUGGGAUUCUCUGUGGCACUAGGAUUUUGAAUAGGAACAUCAAUCAUGGAUGGUAACAAGGAUGAAGCAGCGAGAUGCAUCGGAAUAGCUAAAGCUGCUAUUGCUUCUGGCGACAAACAACGUGCUCUGAAAUUCAUCAGAAUUGCACAACGCCUUAACCAUGACGUGCAGGUUGAUGAUCUACAUGCUGCGUGCGAAAACUUAGAUUCUAUGGAAUUCACCUCUUCCACUGAGCAAAAGCCCAUUGGUCAAAAUCAGAAAGAGCCUAGUCCAUCUAAAUCUCCUGAGUUGUCAAAUGGAGUGCGGAAUUAUACCGAAGAGCACGUUAAGCUGAUCCGAGAAGUGAAGAAAAACAAGGAUUACUAUGCAAUUCUUGGGGUGGAAAGAACCUGUUCGGUUGAGGAGAUUAGAAAAUCUUACAGGAAAUUAUCUCUCAAGGUUCAUCCUGACAAGAACAAGGCCCCAGGUUCUGAAGAGGCAUUUAAGAAAGUUUGCAAGGCUUUCAAGUGCUUGAGUGAUGAAGAUUCAAGGAGGCAGUACGAUCAAACAGGUCUUGUUGAAGAAUUUGAAUACAAUCAGCAACACAAUGUCAGGAGGAGGAGGAGGAGAACUGCACAUGACUACUUUGAUGAUGAUUUCGACCCCGAUGAAAUAUUCAGGUCGUUCUUUGGGCAGGCAGACAUGUUUCGGACUGCCCAUGUUUAUAGGACUAGAGGAACGGGUAGUCAACAAAGGGAAAAUAGUAAUGGAGGAGGGCCUAAUCUUUUGGUUCUUCUUCAAAUCUUACCAUUCCUGGUGAUCUUCUUGCUAGCCUAUCUUCCUUUCUCAGAGCCUAAUUAUUCUUUGCAGAAGACAUAUUCUUACUAUAUUCCCAAGGUCACUGAGGAACAUGGGGUUGAAUUUUUUGUUAAGUCUUCCAAUUUUGAUCAACAAUUCCCACUUGGAAGUCCUUCUCGUGCUAAGCUUGAGGAUCUUGUGGUGAGGGAUUACAAGAAUACACUAGGACGCUAUUGUCAUGUGGAGCUUCAACGGCGGCAUUGGAACAGGAAUUAUCCAACACCUCACUGUGAUAGGCUACGAGGAAUGGCAUGAAGGAUUACAAUGAGAAUAGAGGACCUUUUCGCUAUGACAUGACAAAGCGUCUACACUCAACUGGACUCUGGUAACGAGGAUAACAGUGUCAAGUUAUUUAAGAUUGAGGUAUUGGCCAUUGUGUUCCCAACUGACUUGCCUUCAUGGUCAUUGGUGCAAGGGUCAUCCUCGAUAGAGAGGAAAGAAGGCACAGGGAUGUCCACAGCAUACGACACUUUGUAUUCUUGGAUAUGGAAACACUGCCUCAUAACCUAGAACUUGGAAUGGAACUGAUGAAAGUGCAUUCUAAGUAAAUGAAAAUUUAUCUAGUAGUGGAACUGGAAUUUGUAGAGCUUA